CUGGAUUAAACAGUUUAAUUAAUAUUAAUUGAAUUUAAUUCAAUACCAGAGUGUUUAUUGUAUUACAUACUCGCAUAAAAUUCUUUGCCAGCGGGUUCGCGAUGGAGUUUUUACAAUUUAACGGGGAGACUUACGGCAACAACAACAAUAUUAGUGCGGGGAAAAAACGGGGUGCCGCAAGGAGCAACUUUGUGACCGCCAUGGAUGAUUUUAAUGUGCCCGUGAAGCAACGUAGUCAGGCGAACGCAAGGGAGAGGGAUAGAACGCAUAGCAAUUACUGUUUUAGUGUGAACACAGCUUUUUCUACAUUAAGGACUUUGAUACCGACUGAACCAAAGGAUAGAAAAUUGAGUAAAAUUGAAACUUUGAGACUGGCUUCAAGCUAUAUAUCGCAUCUAGGGACACAACUUAUGGCGGGACCUAUAGAUCAACCUUGCUUAAGAAUACCAAAACCUCUACAAUUAGAUGAAGAAAUAAAUCAAAAUAGGCAACAAGUUUGCACUUUUUGUAUAUCCCACAAAAAGCCAACGAAAACGUCUCCAAACGAAACAUAUGAAUGUCCAGCCUUCAGCAGUCAAAUUUUUUUAAACACUGAACUGUUACCCAAUGAUCUUCACAAUAUUUAUUACCAAUAGUAUUUUUACUUAAUUACCUACUUUAAAAUAACGUGAUAUGUAUUUAUAUUUUCUACCAUUUAAUUAUUAAUAUUAUGUUAUCUUACUAAAUGUACUUAAUACAUAAUGAAUGUAAAUAAUUAUUUUCACUUUAAAACAAUAAACCAAUUUUGUUUUAUUUCUUUUUCCCAUUUAGUUAAUUGGAUGUACUAAACUGUUAACUAUCUUAAUUGUU